GAACAAUUUAAAUCACGAGGGGUACUGGGAAUUGGGAGCUGCUGCCAAACAUCAGAAACCUAGAUUAAAAAUAUCAACUACCUUUAUAGGAUUUUCAAGGACAUCGUAUAUUGGACAACGUACUCAACUAGGAAUUAUGCGUUACUGUCGGCCUGAGUGAGAUGUGUAGGGCAAAUAAAUACAGUAAGAGUUUACGUCAGGUGCGUGAGAAGACAUCAUCACUUGCAGCAAAACUUAUGGAAAGAUGCUUGAACUCGACAAUAACCUCCGCCAAUGCAAUAGAGAUUAUUAAAGCAUUGCAGUCUCUAACUUCUGAAAUUAUUUCUGUCCAGAAGGGUAAGCGGUUUCAAUGGAUUAUGCAUGUUCAGAACAUAGCUAUGUGUCUAAAUUGAUGAAGUCUUGUGAGAGGAGAAAGAAUGACCUGGAGAAUUUUCUUCCAUGUGAUAAUUAUACGGUUCACUGGUUCGAAAAAUAUGGGUUUGGACUCACUGCCUCCGUUCCUAUUAAGGUAAUACUGGAAGCUUUUAUACCUUUAGGAGGGUCAACAAUUAAUCAGGUUGCCUAGGCGGGCCGUGCUCUCUGUAGAAGAUUCAUCAACACGUCUGAGUAUGUUUUAUCUUCCAGUAUUUAAUCUGUUAGGAGAGUUUAUAGCGCAAGAUAACCUGGCAUCGAGUAUGGAGAAUGUUGCACUUUGUUUGUGCUUAUUGCGUGAACUGUACCAAGGAGACAAAUCAACAUGGAGAGAUUAUAUAAGUAAAAUGUUUCACAAUAAAUUAGUGUACAGAAACAUUGCCUUUUGAGUAUUCUACAUUUCUGUAUAUGAACGUUGUGGAUAUUUGCCUCUUGAAGGGAUCGCCAGUUCUAGAAAAAAUUGUUUCAAACUAUUUGUUCAUUUGUCGCCAAUACGCUUACUUUUGCUGUCGCUUCAUUAAUAACCCAACGGUCUUUGAUAUCCCGGAUCUCGUCUUUUGUUUCGAUGAUUAUAGAUGGGCUGUGUCAACAGUAAUGAGUAGAAGCAAUUACAUACCACACCUUAACGGAAGAGAUAAAAUUAUGUGUCUUAUCCCGGUUUGGGAUAUGAUGAAUCAUAAAUCCGGUCGUGUUACAACACACUAUUAUCCUGAAGUAGAUGAAUUAAUAUUCUGUACAAUGGAGGCAUACAAACCUGGUGAUCAGAUAUUUAUGGACUACGGAAACCGUUCAAAUGAAGAUUUUUUCAUGUUCUCUGGUUUUAUACCUCAUGUUAAUCUGAACAAUAAGUUGACAAUAACUCUAGGUAUCAGUUCUUCCGAUUCUCUGGCAUUAACACGUAAACAAUUAUUACAAACUUUUGGCUUAAAUGUUCCAUUGAAGUGUGAUUUGCGUGGUGAUAUUGAAUCCAUGACAGAAUUCCUCAUAUUUUCACGUAUUUUUUGUAUGGACAAAGAUGAACUUAAUAAAUAUCUAGUAGACUCUAAAUCGAAUCACAUAAUAAUGAAACUGGAGUUGAGUAGUUUUGAGUUUAAUAAAGAAAUUGCCUGCGAACACAAAGCAUUAAGUUUUAUGAUUAAUCGCCUGAAAUUAUUAAUUGCUGCGUAUGGGACUUUACUGUUAGAGGAUACUCCUGAAUGGAAUCAGUUAACGUUAAUUCAACAGAAUUGUGAACGUCUUAAACAUCAUGAAGUUAAUAUUUUACGUUCUAGCAUUGAAAACAUUCAAAAUAUCUUGGAUAGUAGUUACAACGUCAUCAAUAAUAACUUACUAUCUGUCUCUAUUAACCGUGACAGUGGAAAUGUAUGAUUUUUCCCCUUUGUUUGAGUUAGUUAUAAUUUCUAAAGCGAUUCAUGACUAUAAUUCUAUGUAAUUUGCUUGGCUUUUUUUCACAUAUUCAUAGUAGACAAAUUCUGUUUCUUUUUUUAAUAGGAUAAUUUUCCCUUCACUUAUUUUACAAUGUUUAAGUAGGUUAUAAUACCCGCUAUAGCUAAUUUGAAGCAUUUGUUAUCUUAUAUCACUAUCUCCUGGUGAAUCCUCUUUUGCUUCACUUUUUUUUUCUAUAUUUUAUCUUCUCAUUUGAUCACUUUUUUUCAAUGUACUUUUUAUCUCCGUCGAUUUUAUAACCAUUUUAUACUUUUAUUGUAGAUAAAAUUAGAACGUUUCUUAAAUUGUUAUUGUAACGUAAAUUGUCUUCUCUAUCCAAUCCUCCUUUAAACAUAUUCAGAUAUGUGCAAGCUUUUGUAAAAUAGAAUAAAUUAUACAUAAAUCUGCA